AUGGCUGCAAAGGUGGACCAGCUCACCAACUUGGUUGCCACCUUGAUCACCAAGACAACGCCCCCUACCGUGCAGGCUGCUGCUAUCCCAUCAUCCAGUGGACAGCAAGACCAUCACAACAGACCUCCGACGCAGAGAUAUAGACCGCAUAGACAACAGCAACAACAGUUGCCACCUCCAGACCAGCCACCACCACCGAUGCCAGCACAUCCAAUGAACAUGUCCACACAGCUGCCACGCCCUCCAUUCCAUCGUCAACAGUACCCACACCCUCAACAGCAGUAUCCACGACGACCACGACUACCAGUGCCACCUCACCUCCACCAAAAGUGUCAUGGCUGUGGAAUAGACGAGGUGCAAUCCUUCUGCUUGAGCCUGUACCUGAACUUUCCAAAACAAAACUUCAAGGUGCUAGAUGUCUUGUAA